UGCGACGCGAACAAACCUUUUAUUAGCAUCAUUCCAUCUACCAAAUCGAUCUUUCACUUCACGUGUUGUGUCAGAGAACGACGAUGUCGGCGCAUAAGACAUUUAUCAUCAAGCGAAAGCUUGCCAAAAAGCUGAAGCAAAACAGGCCAAUUCCACAAUGGGUGAGAAUGCGGACUGGUAAUACUAUCCGAUAUAAUGCUAAGAGGCGUCAUUGGAGGAGAACUAAAUUGAAGUUGUAAAUCCUAUUAAAACAUACACAUUAUAUGAUAACAAUAAUGUAUGAUUUAAGAAUAAUGGAUAUAUCUACAACCUCAAAAAAA